ACGCAAGGCAACUGCGCACGCGCUGCACCCGUCACACCGCGCGGCCUGACGGCAGGGGCGGCCCAGCCCGGGUUGUCUCUCAAGGUUCGGAUCUAGUCUGUGGCGUAUUAUUGCCUCUCCACUGACCUCCCACCGCAUGUUCUCCUGGGACAUGUAGUCUGACGCCAUCAGGGCCUCAGAGCACUUGCGUAACUCCGAAGCCUACCGCGCAGCCUGCUGGGACUUGUAGUCUCAAUUUUGCGUGCCCGGGGUACCGGGCGUGCUGCGGGACUCCUAGUCCCACAGAGCUUCGCGCUCGCCACGACGUCCUGCUCAGAACCGCUGCCUCCACCUCACGGGCUGGGAGGCCUGGGCGUUCCGGGAGACCGAAUUGCGGUGUGAGCCGCCGUGGGGACUGCGAAGCGGGCCGGGAGUCCGGGAUGGAGCCGCCCGGAGGUGCUUGAGGCGAGCGGGUGGAGCGGCUGCGACGGACUGGUCACGUCAGCGGGGACAUGGCUCACCUCAGGGGCUUCGCGCACCAGCAUUCUCGUGUGGACCCAGAGGAACUCUUCACCAAGCUUGACCGAAUUGGCAAGGGCUCAUUUGGGGAGGUGUACAAGGGGAUCGACAACCACACGAAGGAGGUGGUGGCCAUCAAGAUCAUUGACCUGGAAGAGGCCGAGGAUGAGAUUGAGGACAUCCAACAGGAGAUCACUGUGCUCAGCCAAUGUGAUAGCCCUUACAUCACCCGCUACUUCGGCUCCUACCUAAAGAGCACCAAGCUAUGGAUUAUCAUGGAGUACCUGGGUGGUGGCUCUGCACUGGACUUGCUGAAACCUGGUCCACUGGAGGAGACCUAUAUUGCCACCAUCUUGCGGGAGAUCCUGAAAGGCUUGGAUUAUCUGCAUUCAGAGCGCAAGAUCCACCGAGACAUCAAAGCUGCCAACGUGCUGCUCUCAGAGCAGGGUGAUGUGAAGCUGGCAGACUUCGGUGUGGCUGGGCAGCUCACAGACACACAGAUCAAGAGGAACACAUUUGUGGGUACUCCCUUCUGGAUGGCACCUGAGGUUAUCAAGCAGUCGGCCUAUGACUUCAAGGCUGACAUCUGGUCCCUGGGCAUCACAGCCAUCGAGCUGGCCAAGGGGGAGCCGCCAAACUCUGACCUCCACCCUAUGCGAGUCCUGUUCCUGAUUCCCAAGAACAACCCACCCACAUUGGAAGGGCACCACAGCAAACCCUUCAAGGAGUUUGUAGAGGCCUGCCUCAAUAAGGACCCACGAUUCCGACCCACUGCCAAGGAGCUCCUGAAGCACAAAUUCAUCACACGUUACACCAAGAAGACCUCCUUUCUUACUGAACUUAUUGACCGAUACAAGCGUUGGAAGUCUGAGGGGCAUGGCGAGGAGUCCAGUUCUGAGGAUUCUGACAUUGAUGGCGAGGCUGAGGAUGGGGAGCAGGGUCCCAUCUGGACGUUUCCUCCAACCAUCCGGCCAAGUCCACAUAGCAAGCUGCACAAGGGGACUGCUCUGCACAGCUCACAGAAGCCUGCUGAGCCUAUCAAGAGACAGCCAAGGUCCCAGUGCUUGUCCACACUAGUCCGUCCUGUCUUUGGAGAGCUCAAAGAGAAGCACAAGCAGAGCGGUGGGAGCGUGGGUGCCCUGGAGGAGCUAGAGAAUGCCUUCAGCCUGGCUGAGGAAUCCUGUCCUGGCAUCUCAGACAAGCUGAUGGUGCAUCUGGUGGAGCGUGUGCAGAGGUUCUCACACAGCAGAAACCACCUGACAUCUACCCGCUGACCAACCAACCGAAUGCACUACUCUUCACAGAGAGGGAGAAGAAUGCUUUUUGUUUUGAGCUCUAAAAGGACUGACUUGGAAGCCCUCUUGUGUUGUGUUGCAACUGUACAGACCAACCAGCCUGUAGGCUUCACAAGCCAGGUUACCUUCCUUCUGCCCUACACAGCAGCCCCUCGACACCUGUGCUUACCUCCUUGGUUGACUGAAGCUAUGAGGCACCCAGGAGCCCUUACAGACCUGGGCUGGAACGUGGGAGGCUGGCGUGACCGUCUGUAGACCCCACAGCCCCUGCAGUGGGGAGACCACGGAGCACAGGAACUACUGGGCAGCCCUGGCUCUUCCUCCUCACCAGGAGCAUUUCUUGAGGGCUCACAGGGGCCCAAGAUGGUCAUAAUUUGCCUUGUGGUGUCAGUUCAGGUACUGUGUGUUUUCAAAUCAUCCAGAAUAUUUUGGGCUUUUUUUUUUUUAAAGAAAAUUGAACUUCCUGAGUAUUCUGACAGUGUUAGUUUUCAUAGAGCAUUGAAAGCCCUACCAUUUCAAUAAAGACCUGGAUUGGAGACAUUCUGAUG